GUUUUAUAUAUUAUGUUGAAAUUUAUACAACAAUAAAUCAGAGAGCACACUUAUGAGUAAGAAAAAAGGAUUGGUAUGUAUUUAAUUUGAUAAUUAAUAGUUUAAUAUUUAGAUGAAAGCUAAUUUUCAUUAUAUGAAGAUCUAUUAAUCACAGAAAAAAUGUUAACUGAAAAGCUAAGCUAUAAACACUUUGAAGAAUUAUCCGAAAAAUGCAAAAGAAAGACCCCUGAUGAUUUAAAGAGGAGAUAUAUUAAUUUGAUAAAGAAUUUAAGUGAAGAUAAUUUAUAAUAAAUUGUUGAAUUUAUUAAAAAAAAUGGUUUGGAGGGAACAUUAUUUAAGGAUAGAAAUCAAAUAUAAAUUUGUAAAAUAAAUGAGGAGAAGAAAGAUAAAAAGGAUUCAACAUAAAACAAAAAAGAAAUAAAACAAUUAGUUGAACCUGAAUUGAAGAAAAAAAGGAGAAUCUAACCAGAAGUUUAACCUUAGCCUUAAAACUAUUAUUAACUUACUGAUUUACAAAAGUAUAUUCUUUAUUGUUCUGCACCGACAUAUCAAGAAUAAAGAUUUCCCACUAACCCCAACUAUCAAUAAAUCUAAAGAUAAAAAUAGGAAUAAUUUUAAAAUGCAUUACAUGAUUUGAGUUUAUGGUAUGAUAUACCAUUUGAGAAAACGAUUUCACUUCUCAAAGCUUGUUCAGGAAGCUUUGAAAAUUUAAAAAAAUUCUUAGAGGAAAAAAAUUACUUUAUUUAUUGGAAGCCUGAGGAAGAUUAAAAGUUAUUGUCAGGAGAGGAUAUAUAAUCCUUAUAUUAAACAAAAGGAGCAACAGAAAUAGAAAAAAGAAAAAAGUGGCUUUAAAUUGAAUGAAAUGAAUAAAUGCACUAGCUGUUAAAACA